CAAUUCCUUUCUUUCUUUCUUUCUUUCUUUCUUUCUUUCUUUAUCUCUAAAUUCUAUAUAACAUGAAGUCGUCACUGGGCAAGCUUGGACGCAAAUUAAGUAUCAACAGGAGCGAUGGCAAAGACAAGAGAGAUCACCAGCCUUCCGCCCACCUAGAAGACCUUGCUCACGCUUCCAAGGAUAUGCAAGAUAUGAGAAACUGUUAUGAUACAUUAUUAUCCGCAGCUGCUGCUACCGCAAAUAGCAUAUAUGAAUUUUCGGAGUCACUGCAUGAGAUGGGCACUUGUUUGCUGGAUAAAACUGCGGUGGACGCUGAUGAUGAAAGUGGAAGAGUGUUAUCAGCUUUAGGAAACAUGCAAUCAGAACUUCAGAAAAUUGCUGAUUCGUAUCGUUCUUAUGUAAUUCUGACGGUUACGAACCCAACUGAAUCACUUCUAAGUGAGCUGCGUAAAGUAGAGGAGAUGAAACUUCAAUGUGAUGAGAAAAGGGACGCGUACGAAUACAUGAUGGCACAACACAGAGAGAAGGGAAGGUUGAGAAGUGGAAAGGUUGAAACUUCUGUCGUACAAAAACUACAAGAAGCUCAAGAUGAAUAUGAUGUAGUGGCUAGGCUAUGUGCAUUUCGUGUAAAAUCAUUGAAAGAGGGGCAGUGCCGUAGUCUUUUAACACAAGCUGCUCGCCAUCAUGCUGCACAGUUGAAUUUCUUCCGCAAAGGACUCAAAGCUCUUGAAGCAGUUGACCCUUACAUAAGAUUUGUUGCAGAGAAGCAUCGCAUUGAUUUCCAACUCAGUGGUCUUAAUGCUGGGGCAGCUGCAGAGAGUGAAGGCAUAAGUAGUUAUGAGAGCACUGAUGAUGGGGAAUUGAGUUUUGACUACAGACAGAAGAAACAGGGGAUUGAUAAUGUUGCCACUUCAUCAAAUGUAAUGGAGCUGGACCGGGUAGAUAAUUUGUAUCCUCAAGUUUCAAAUUUAGCAGACUCAGAGAUAAAUGUGAAUAAAUAUCAAGGGGAGCGGCAAGGUCGAGUUAGCAGCUAUUCUGCCCCAAUAUACCCAGAGUCAAAGAUUGAUCCAUCUGGAAAACUAAAGGAAAUGAAAUUUUAUUCUUAUGUGCUGCCUCCUCCAGUGGUUGAUACCAAGAGUCCAAGUUCAAAUUUGCAUCAGCCAUUGGCAGUGGAGCUUAAGAAGCAUGAAAGAGAUACUGGGGAUGAAGUCAGUAGCACAUCAACAUCUGCAAAAGCUUGGUCUGUGGAAAAAGAAAGGUUUUCGUUCCCACAACAACGGGAUACUCAUACUGGUAAAGCAGCGAAAAGACAAGCUUACUCUGGUCCCUUACCACCAGGUAAGAUGGCAUCUAGCAAUAGCAGGCCAAUAACUACAUCUUCUUCUCAGGCACGUAGUGUUUCACCUCCCCCUUUAUCUUCACCUAAAAUAAGCGAGCUUCAUGAGCUUCCAAGGCCUCCUACUACCAGUUUAUCCAGACCUCUUGCUGCUUCUGCUUCUUUUUCUAGUGGGCAUUCGGCUCCCUUGUUUUUCAAAAAUCAAAACAAAAUGUUGACAUCUCCUCUUCCACCUCCUCCCUUGGUUGUAUCUCGAAGUUUCUCCAUACCAUCAACCAACCAAAGAGGAAAAGUAGGGUCUCCGCCGCUCACACCCAUUUCACUGGCAAACAUCAAGUCGCUGUCAACAGUUGACAUUUAAGGUACUUACACUGGUUAUGUGCUAGUGAAAUCAAGUUGAUGAUAUUAGUUGAAGAGCUUGUGUGGUGUGCAUGCAGGUGGAAGGCAAAUCAUAUAUUCUUUUUGGGCCAUUCAUCAUCAUGAUCACCUUAGAGCAGGUCUGUAAAUAUGAUGAUGUAUGUGUUUUUGCUUCUUUUUGAAUUAUGCACGAGUAUAUAUAUAUAUAUAUAUAU